GGGUAAACAAUCCAAACAAUCCUCGCCGUCUCUCACCGCUAUCUGUCUAUCUCUCUAUCUAUCUCGACCCGACCUGUCACCCACCGACCCAUCACCACGUUUGCCCCCACUCGGGUGUCCCCGUCUGUUCGCUUUCCUUUCCUUUCCUUUCCUUCCCUUCCCUUCCCUUCUCCUCCCAACGUCUCGCUCUUUCUCCCGCUCAGUCUUCCUUUCUCCGAUGACCUGUAAGAGUGGAUCGUCGUGACUGACGGGAUGACGGAUCGCGAAGCUGCGGCCGAGUUACCCUCGGGUCCUGUGGACGUCAACAGCGCCAUGGAUCUCGACCCUCUCGAGGCAGACCGCCAGCUCGAGCAAUCUCUGCAGUCCACGUGUGCCGACCAUGCUGCCCGCGAAUCCCCCUUCCGCAAGCACUCCCGCAACCCUAGCGAUUCCAGCCUCGAGUCCAGCCUCGAUUCCGGGUUUUCCUCCGACGUUUCCGGUCGCUUCGAUGAUGCAGAAGAGCUGGACUACGCCCCGGCCCAGAGCAGGUCUCCAUCGGUUCACUCGGCUAAACGACGUCGCUCGAAUGACUGGCCGCUGCAGCCACCGGACACCGUCACGGACAAUGAUGUGCCGCCCCCGAAGGAGACCCCCAGCGGUAGCAUCACGACGGGAUAUCGCAAGCCGUUCCACACGGCGAACAUCAAAAGCAAUGGCUCGCCGCGGACAUUGCGGUAUGCGCGCCAGGCCGUUCCAUCCAUCCGUGGCCGACGUUCGCGGUUUGUCGAAGAAAGCAUGAAUGACAGCGUGAGCGAGAAACCGCCGAGCAUCUUCAUGCGCGAUGACGCACGGAACCACGCAGGCCAACGGCCUUCGGGGAUUUUCCGGUUCGGGAAAGCGAUCGCAUCGGCGUUCAACCCAUUUGGAGCCUGGGGCUCAAAGCCGCCUGCAGAUGCCAUCAAGCAGACCGGCGACCCUCUUAGUCAGGCGGAGAAAGCAUAUGCCGAGCUGAAGAAGUCGGGCUACAAGGGGACGGUCAAGGGAAGCUACUUGCAGAAUCUGCAUGCAGAGUCAAAUACUCCUCAGCGGUCGUGGAACCCGAUACCCGAGCGCAUGGAAAAUGGGCCCGCGGGGCGCCAUUCGCGACAGAAUUCGGGCGAGAUCACAGAAUUGGCAGGCCCGAUUCGCUCGGAGCUGCGUAAAGCCAAGUCGUCUUUGGGAAUCCCGCUUGUGAAACGGCAAGACUCCAGCAAGUUCCUCGAGGAGCUGGAGGGGUCCGCCGUGCGACGACAGAAAUCCCGCAAGGAGCUCCAACGGCAGGCCAAGCUGAUGAAGCGAGUCAGCGACCUGGAGAUCAAGCUGGAUCGGGCCCGUCGAGAACUGCGCGCACUCGUGGGCGAGGAGGUGGUGCUGGCACCGACCCCUUAUGUGGAAAGGCCCUACCCCCGGAAAUUUGUCCCUGGGGCGCUCCCUUCACUCCCCUCAGAGAGACUGCUGUACAAUGAGGCCGUAUCGCCAGCGUCCCCUCGAGCUGUCUCGGCCCCAUUGACCUCCCUGGCGGAGAGUGUGCAGCAAGGCGCACCACCCCAGCCCAGCAGCGGGCCGCACGAACUCGCCGGGACGCCAUAUACUACGCCCAAACUCCCCCAAGAACGCCACGGACAAACCUCCCUAAGUGCAGACAGUCCCUCACUCAAACGGAAAUCGCCCGACCCAGAGUCUCUGAAAGCCACACAGACAGACUCAAAGCACCCGACCCCUCACUCCGACCAGCCUGCCAACUUUGAGGAGGUGACCACCCCGCGACGGGCUAAGUUGCCGAAGAUGUUCACCAGCGACAGCCCCGGCUCUGUCGAGCGGAAGCAAUCCAAAGACACGGGUCGCUCCCCAAGCGAAGAGCGCGGACGACGACGCUCCCAGCCCCUCCGAUCCGCAAGCACGCGGUCUCCGUCCGGGCGACGACGAGCCUCGAACUCGUGCAACCGCGCCCAACCCAGCCUUCGCAUGAAGAAGGGCCGCGCCGACCUCCGGGGGACCAGCGAGCCCAUUCCGUCGCACGGUGAUCACGACAAAGAGAACCGUCCCACCACGCCAACACCCCCCGACGAUGGCAGCGAGGAGCCCCAAGCGUUCAGCUCUCUGGAUGAGGGCACCUCCCCGUCAUCGACUAAGAAGAAGCCCAUCCGCUACGAAUACAUUCCUCCGGUCCCGCCCCUCCCGAAGGACCUCUCCGCCACGGCAGCCAAGGUCGACCGCCGCCUGGCCAAGGAGAUGGUGAAGAAGCGCGAGGCGCGCAACAAAGCUAUGGCGGAGGCCGGAGUAAAGCCAGAGGGUGUUGAAAUGAUCAAUGGUUUUCAGUGGCCGGAAGACUUUUUCUAAAUUAACCUUUGCUAGCGUUGGUUGAGUAUUGCAUUGGCACAGCCUUGGUAGGCCAGAGCAUAUUAUGAGAACGAGGACGAUGAUGACGAUGAAGACGAUGCAUUGGACCUAUCCAAACAUAGGUUGACUUGGGUACAUCUGUGUCUACUUGGUCAUCCUGUGCGUGGUUGUUUGGAUAGAAGAGGGGAGAAGAUGGCGGUGGAGGUGAUUUCCUAUGUCUAUUUCCUAUUGUUCCUCACUAAUGAACGUCACGACUAAUGACCAUAAUGAACAUGC